CCGACUCGCGGUUUGUCGUGGCUGUGAAAAAAAAGUAGGCGGUAACUUUCCAACGAACGGCGGUAAAACAUUAUUUGCAAUGACCAGUGGGGGGCUUCUGUUUUCAAGCUGAACGAUUCAGAAGUCGUCAUGCGCGGUCUCCUUCUACGGCCACUCUGGCGUAGAUGAACGUUUGCGUUGGAGCUCAGCAAAUUCUAUCAUCAUUCACUGCUGGGCAUAGGUAGCUUCGUUUUUCCUUCUUUUCGUUAUUAAAAUUUAUUCUGUGUAGUACGUAUAGUCUAGGAUUCCAUCACGGAGCAUAGACAAGGAGAAGGACAAAGUGGCGUGUGCUUCGAAAUCACUAUCUUCAUCAUCAAACUGGCAUGGAGGCUAGCUACCUACUCGGGAUUCUUGGUGCCAAUGCAACUCACAAUAUCACCAGGCUACUUUCGCGCGAGAGCCCUUUCAUAGUGCCAAAUGUGUCCUUCCAGAGUCCCGUCACAGAGGCUCAACAGCUUGUCAAAGCGUUUCCGGACGAGCUCGUGGGUCAUCACCCUAACAAUAUCGCUGGUCGUCGCCACGAGGACUUCGGCGCCGCGGGCCCCGUGGUGGUGAUGCUGGGCUGCCUGUUCCUCGUGUUCCUCGCCGUGGGCAUCCCCACCUUCAUCCAGAAGAAGCGCCGAGAGGCGCGGGAGCGUCGCGAGGCCAUCCGGCGACUUCAGACCGCCGAGCACAGGGAGGCGGCCGAAGGGCUCUCCUUCCACGUGCCCGCCACGGACUGAGCUCCCGGAAUACAUUGCUUCCCCCCCCC